AUGGCAGACCGUUCACGGUCACCACCGCAGGACAGCUACAACAUUCUUUGCAUCGGAGGCAUCUUCAAAGCAUACAAAUCACUCGUCUCCAAACGCCAUCUUAAGAAGAUCAACAAGGUUGAAGCCCAAGAUAAUUUGAAAUCUUUCAAGGCCCGUGACGACAAGAGUCACAGAGUAAAAACCAGAAAUGGCGACCACGAGGAUCGUCCCGCGAAUCCUAGAAGUGGUUUCAGACAUCGAACCCCUUCUCCUCUCUCGAGAAGUGAGAGCAUCACUUCUCCUCUCUCGAGAAGUAAAAGCGCUUCUUUCUCGAGGAAUGCCAGCCGGAAGAGCGUAAUCCCAAUUUCUGGGCCUGCAGCCACCUUCUCUGGAAGCUUGGGGCGGAAGAGUACGGACGCAGCUGGUCUUGGAUCGCUCUCAAGAAGCACAAGCAGGAGAAGUUCUACAGCUAUUAUGUAUUCCAACUCGAGCGGUUUAUUGAAACCCCCGGCGAUAGAGCAUACCCUAGAGUGCACACUUGAGGAACUAUGCUUCGGAUGCACCAAGAAGAUCAAGAUCACAAGAGAAGUAGCUACAAACAAUGGGCAAGUAGUAGAAGAGGAGGAAAAUCUAACUAUAAAAGUGAAGCCAGGAUGGACACAAGGAACGAAGAUCAAGUUUGAAGGUAUGGGAAAUGAGACACCGGGCACUUACCCAGGCGACGUAAACUUUAGGGUUUCAGAGAAAGACCACCCCGUGUUCACGAGAGAAGGUGACAAUCUCGAGAUAGCAAUAGAAAUUCCUUUGGUAAAAGCUCUCACAGGCGGCGACGUUAUGAUCCCUCUACUAGGUGGUGAGAAGAUGAGUUUGCCAGUUGACGAUAUCAUAUACCCUGGCUACGAAAAGAUCAUUGAAGGCCAAGGCAUGCCGAAGACGAAAGAGCAUGGAAGGGGAAACUUGAUAAUCAGCUUCCUAGUUGAAUUCCCGAUGGAACUCUCGGACGAACAACGAUCAGAAGUUUUCAGUAUUCUACAAGAUACUUGUUGAACUAUGGAAAUUGUUGUCCUCUGCAUAUGUUUCAACAGUUUUGUUGUCA